CGGGUUGGACUUGGAGAGUUUGUUCGGUGGCCGUGGCAGACGGAGGUGCAACGAUAACCCCGGCAGCGGCACGAUGGGCGACUCUAAAGUGAAGGUGGCGGUGCGGGUCCGGCCAAUGAACCGACGAGAAAUUGACUUACAUACCAAAUGUGUGGUGGAUGUUGAAGCAAACAAAGUUAUUCUGAAUCCUGUAAAUACAAACCUUUCCAAAGGAGAUGCCCGGAGCCAGCCGAAGAUAUUUGCAUAUGAUCACUGUUUCUGGUCCAUGGAUGAAUCCGUCGGAGAGAAGUAUGCAGGUCAAGAUGAUGUUUUCAAGUGCCUUGGGGAAAACAUCCUUCAGAAUGCAUUUGAUGGCUACAAUGCCUGUAUCUUUGCCUAUGGGCAGACAGGGUCUGGAAAGUCUUACACCAUGAUGGGCACGGCUGACCAGCCUGGAUUAAUCCCCAGACUCUGCAGUGGACUCUUCGAGCGGACCCAGAAAGAGGAGAGUGAAGAGCAGAGCUUUAAAGUCGAAGUAUCCUACAUGGAGAUUUAUAAUGAGAAAGUUCGAGACCUUCUUGACCCCAAAGGAAGCCGUCAAACUUUGAAAGUGAGAGAGCACAGUGUGUUGGGACCCUACGUGGAUGGACUUUCUAAACUGGCUGUCACAAGCUACAAGGAUAUUGAGUCUCUGAUGUCCGAGGGCAACAAGUCUCGGACAGUUGCUGCGACCAACAUGAAUGAGGAAAGCAGCCGGUCCCAUGCAGUCUUCAAGAUCACCCUGACACACACUCUGUACGAUGUGAAGUCUGGGACAUCUGGAGAGAAAGUGGGCAAGCUGAGCUUAGUGGAUUUAGCUGGCAGUGAACGAGCCACAAAAACUGGAGCUGCGGGCGACAGGCUGAAGGAGGGCAGCAACAUCAACAAGUCUCUCACAACCCUGGGACUGGUUAUCUCGGCCCUAGCUGAUCAGGGCGCUGGCAAAAACAAAAAUAAGUUUGUUCCCUACCGGGACUCAGUUCUCACAUGGCUUCUCAAGGACAGUCUUGGGGGAAAUAGCAAGACCGCCAUGGUGGCCACUGUCAGCCCAGCCGCUGAUAACUAUGACGAAACCCUCUCAACCCUGAGGUAUGCAGAUCGAGCCAAGCACAUUGUCAACCAUGCUGUGGUGAAUGAGGAUCCUAAUGCGCGGAUCAUCCGAGAUCUCCGAGAAGAGGUGGAAAAGCUCCGCGAGCAGCUGACCAAGGCUGAGGCAAUGAAAUCUCCAGAGCUAAAAGACCGUCUGGAAGAAUCCGAGAAGCUCAUCCAGGAAAUGACUGUGACCUGGGAGGAGAAACUAAGGAAAACCGAGGAGAUUGCACAGGAGCGGCAGAAGCAGCUUGAGAGCCUCGGGAUAUCGCUUCAGACUUCUGGAAUCAAAGUUGGCGAUGACAAGUGCUUCCUGGUUAACCUGAAUGCUGACCCCGCUCUGAACGAACUCCUGGUGUACUACUUAAAGGAGCACACACUGAUAGGGUCAGCAAAUUCCCAGGACAUCCAGCUCUGCGGGAUGGGCAUUCUUCCUGAGCACUGUAUCAUAGACAUCAUGCCUGAAGGCCAGGUCAUGCUGACCCCUCAGAAGAACACCAGGACAUUUGUCAAUGGGUCUUCUGUCUCCAGCCCCAUCCAGCUGCACCAUGGGGACAGGAUUCUCUGGGGAAACAACCAUUUCUUCAGACUCAAUCUGCCAAAAAAGAAAAAGAAAGUCGAACGAGAUGAUGAGGAGCAUGAUGCUUUCCUGAAGAGCGACAGCAGCUGUGAACAUCUGGAUGCUGACGGGGACUCCUCCAGUGAGGUGUCCAGCGAGAUCAACUUCAACUUCGAGUAUGCGCAGAUGGAGGUGACCAUGAAGGCCCUGGGCAGCAACGAUCCAAUGCAGUCCAUAUUGAACAGCCUAGAACAACAGCAUGAGGAGGAAAAGCGAUCGGCUCUGGAGCGCCAGAGGCUCAUGUACGAACACGAGCUGGAACAGCUCCGAAGAAGGCUGUCUCCUGAGAGGCAGAACUGCCGCGGUGUGGACCGGCUCUCCUUCCACUCGCCCAGCGCCCAGCAGCGCUUGAGACAGUGGGCCGAGGAGAGAGAAGCAACUUUGAAUAACAGCUUGAUGAGGCUAAGGGAACAGAUUGUAAAGGCCAACCUACUGGUGAGAGAAGCGAGUUACAUCGCAGAGGAGCUGGAUAAAAGAACUGAGUACAAAGUUACCCUCCAGAUUCCAGCCUCCAGCCUGGAUGCCAACAGGAAGCGAGGCUCUCUCCUCAGUGAACCUGCCAUCCAGGUGAGAAGAAAAGGAAAAGGAAAGCAGAUUUGGUCUUUGGAAAAACUGGAAAACAGGCUCUUGGAUAUGAGAGACCUCUACCAGGAGUGGAAGGAAUGUGAAGAAGACAACCCGGUCACCCGGUCCUACUUCAAGCGUGCUGACCCAUUCUACGAUGAACAGGAGAAUCACAGUCUAAUUGGUGUGGCCAAUGUCUUCCUGGAGACACUGUUUUAUGACGUGAAGUUACAGUAUGCUGUGCCAAUCAUCAACCAGAAGGGAGAGGUGGCAGGCCGGCUGCAUGUGGAGGUGAUGCGACUCAGCGGGGCCAUUGGGGAGAGGAUCGUAGGAGGAGAGGAUGCUGCAGAGGUCAGCUCUGACAAGGAUGCCCAGGAGAAUAGGCUGGUCUGCAUGGUUAAAAUACUACAAGCCACAGGAUUGCCGCAACAUCUCUGCCACUUUGUGUUCUGCAAAUAUGACUUCUGGGAUCAGCAGGAGCCAGUGACUGUUGCCCCCGAAGUGGAUACCUCUUCGUCUCCCACCAGCAAGGAGCCACAGUGUAUGGUUGUGUUCGAUCAUUGCAGUGAGUUCAAUGUUAACAUCACAGAAGACUUCAUUGAGUACCUCUCAGAUGGGGCACUGGCCAUUGAAGUCUAUGGGCAUAAAAUGACUGAUCCUCGGAAAAACCCAGCCCUGUGGGAUUUGGGAAUCAUCCAAGCAAAGACAAGGAGUCUUCGGGACAGGUGGAGUGAAGUCACCAGGAAGCUGGAAUUCUGGGUUCAGAUCUUGGAACAGAAUGAGAAUGGUGAAUACUGCCCCGUGGAAGUGAUUGCUGCGAAAGAUGUCCCAACAGGAGGGGUCUUCCAACUCCGGCAGGGGCAGUCUCGGCGAGUUCAAGUUGAAGUGAAGUCCGUGCAGGAGUCAGGGACUUUACCACUGAUGGAAGAGUGCAUAUUGUCAGUUGGCAUUGGGUGUGUGAAAGUUAGACCACUCAGGUCCCCUAAGAUCCAUGAGACCUGUCAUGAGGAAGAGGAGGACAUGGACAGCUACCAGGAUAGGGAUCUAGAGAGGCUGCGUAGAAAAUGGCUCAAUGCAUUAACCAAGCGUCAAGAAUACUUGGAUCAGCAACUGCAGAAGCUCGUCAGUAAACAUGACAAAACCGAGGAUGAUGCUGAGCGAGAGGCACAGCUUCUGGAGAUGCGGCUGACGCUCACAGAGGAGAGAAAUGCAGUGAUGGUGCCCUCUGCUGGCAGUGGUAUUCCAGGGGCACCAGCAGAAUGGACCCCAGUGCCUGGAAUGGAGAACCACAUUCCUGUUAUAUUCCUUGACCUAAAUGCGGAUGAUUUCAGCUCUCAGGAUAAUCUCGAUGACCCAGAAGCCGGAUGGGAUGCUACCCUGACUGGGGAAGAGGAGGAGGAGUUCUUUGAGCUGCAGAUUGUGAAGCAAUACGAUGGUGAGGCAAAGGCAGAGGCCUCCUGGGACUCUGCAGUGCACAGCUGUCCUCAGCUCAGUAAAGGUACUCCUGCUGAUGAGCGAGUGUUCCUCAUCCUGCGAGUGACAGUCCAGCUCAGCCAUCCUGCUGACAUGCAGCUGGUCCUACGCAAGAGGAUUUGUGUCCACGUUCAUGGGCGCCAGGGCUUUGCUCAAAGUCUCCUCAAAAAGAUGUCUCAUCGGAGCUCUAUUCCUGGCUGUGGAGUGACCUUUGAGAUUGUCUCCAAUAUUCCAGAGGAUGCCCAGGGAGUAGAGGAGCGAGAGGCACUGGCAAGGAUGGCAGCUAAUGUGGAAAAUCCAGCUUCUGCCGACUCCGAGGCCUAUAUUGAGAAGUACUUGAGGAGUGUGCUGGCUGUGGAAAACCUCCUGACUUUAGAUCGCCUUCGUCAGGAAGUGGCCGUGAAGGAGCAGCUGACAGGGAAAGGGAAGCUGAACCGGAGGAGUAUUAGCUCGCCCAGCAUGCACAGGUUGUCAGGAAGCCGGCAGGAGCUUAGCCCCUCCCACAGUCUGGGCAGCAACAAGGGCCGGUGGGAAAGUCAACAGGAUGUAUCCCAAAUACUAGUUUCCAGCAGAAUAACCUCAAGUCCUCCAGCUCACCCUGUUUCUCCCCAGAACAACCAGUCUCCUGAUCCCGGACUGGGUGAGAUAGCAGCCUCCUACUUGAACCCAGUGAAGUCCCUGGUGCCACAGAUGCCAAAGCUGCUGAAGUCGCUCUUCCCUGUCCGUGACGACAGAAGAGCCAGGCAGUCAUCUCCCCUUGCACACCAGCCUGUGCCCCGAAUCUUGGUGCAGCCUACCUUCUCAGAUGCCCGGGCAACGAGGACAGAGGAGGCUCAAGGAGGCAGCCCAGUGCCUGGUGGGGCUUUGGAGUCCAUGGUGGCGAUGGCGGCCCCCGUAGUAAAGAUCUGUGACAGACCUGUCAAAGUGUCUUCCUCGCCAUCUACCAUGGUGGUUACUCAGCCCCUGGAAGGGCAAGAUGGCCCCCCCAGCCCCUUGAGUGAAGCUUCCAGUGGCUACUUUUCCCACAGCGUCUCCACUGCCACCCUGUCAGAAACGUUCACCCUUGGCCUGGACACCACAGGCCCUGGCAACCAGACAUCAGGGUCUCCCCCUGCCCUGAGUCAGGUCACCCCAGAGCCUGAGCUGGCUUUCCUCUCCUGUACAAAGAGCCAUCCACCUGCCCCGGAAGAGCCCCAAUUACUGCCUGCCACACCUUCUCAAAGCAUAGAGCUGGAGGUUCCCAGACCACCCCUUCUUUCUGAACCUACGUCUACUGUGCCCACAUCCCCAUUCAGAAUCCGGAAAGUGCGGACCUCAGAGCUUAAGUCCUUCACAGGCAUGCUGGGGGGUGCCUCCUCUGGAGCUGAGGAGGACCCACUGGCUUCAGAAGAGCUCAGCCAUGCUGGGGGACAAGCCCUGGGGAGGCUAGAAGUGACAUCUGACUCUGAGGAGGCCAGCGAAGUCCCUGAGUGGCUCAAGGAGGGAGAAUAUGUUGUUGUGGGCACCAGCAAGACCGGCAUCGUGAGGUACAUUGGACCCACUGACUUCCAGGAGGGGACAUGGAUCGGUGUGGAGCUGGACCUGCCUUCAGGAAAGAAUGAUGGCUCCAUUGGCGGGAAGCAGUAUUUUAAGUGCAACCCUGGCUAUGGGCUUCUGGUGAGACCGGGCCGAGUCCGCAGGGCUGCAGGCCCUGGGCGCAGGCGCAGUGCAGGGCUCCAGCCUCAGGGAGCCCCAGAGGCCCGCAGGAGUGCUACCAUCUCGGGCUCUGCCACCAACCUGGCCUCACUGACAGCUGCAUUGGCCAAGGGCGACAGGAGCCACAAGAACCCCGAGAACCGGAAGUCCUGGGCCAGCUGAAUUACACUCCCACUCCUGGUGAACACUAAUGGGAAGGGGGAGACCUUCUGGUACUUCCAUGGAGGACACCCCUUCUAUGGGAGCAGGGCCAUGAAUGCUUUUUGCACGAUGCAGGGAUGGUGGGCAACCUGGUUCUCCGUCCUCCCUGGGAAUCUGGAAGCUGCAUUUCUUCCUCUACUUGAUGAAGGCAGAGGCUCCUCAGCUGCGCUCCUCCAGCUGGGUGGAAGGUUCUGGGAGCCCAGAGACUUGAGGGAUGGUAGUUGGCUGGCAGGGCUGGAGUCAGGCCAGCUCCUCCCUGCCUGCUUGAAAUGGGGGGGGGGUCCCUAGCCAGGUUUGUUGGGCUCCCCUUUUCCUUAUUCUGCUGACUUUACUAAUGUCUUAAUUUAAAUAAUGACCCUAACUAGUGUCUUGCCCUCCACAGACAGGAGUUCCCUAUUGUGCCCGGGGAGCAGCCCGUACCACUCUCUGUGCACCAGAUACUUCCUCAGUCUCCCUAACCCAUGUCCAUCCUUCUGCGUGGCACACGGGGUUGCUGGGAGGCAUCUUGGCUGGUGUCCAGUCUUUACACCAGAAAGUCUUUCCUUUUGGCUAUUCAUUCCCUAACAGGAUGCUUGAACUAUAUUUAUUUAAUUUAUUCUUUUCAAAAGCUGAAAUAAUUAGUGACCCACAGCCGCUGCCUGUCCCAGCUUAUCUGCCUAGGGCCUGCCUUGCACUCACUGCCUCUGGCUGCUUGGAGCUGCAGCCUUUUGGAGGGCGGCUGCUGGAGGGGGCCAGCAGAUGAAGCCACCCUUAUGUUGCUAGACUGCAGAUACACCAUGGCCUUAUUGUCACUGGGGUGAAGGCAGGCCCAGGGGCUUGACACAGCUCAAGCCCUUAGUACCUUGUUUCAGGAAACAGCUGGAUAGUGUUUGAGUCCAUGGCAGUUCCUAAAACCUGACUACACUUGUGGGCCACCAGCUGGGUAGGCAGGCGGUGAGGGGAGAACUGCCCUCCGUUUCCCUUCCUUGGAUAUAUGCUGCAGUCAUGGUAGAACAUGACCACCUCCUCCCUGGAAUGUGUGGGGGCUGAGCAGGCAGGUCGAAGCCACCCAGUCCUGUUGUCCCAGGUUCUGCUCUGUUCUUCAGCUCAGAAUGGAAGUUAUUCUUGGCAGCUUGUUGUAAGUUUUGACCCUCAGAGUCUUUGAUUUUUCGAGACAGGGUUUCUUUGCAUAACAGUCCUGGCUAUCCUGGAACUUUGUAGAACAGGCUGGCCUCAAACUCUCUGACCCUUAAGAACCACCCCCAGAAGGCAUUUGUUGGGGAAUGGGUUUAGUGGCCCUUCAGAUCACCUCAGCCUCCCCCGGCCCUGUGGCCUCCAUGCUAGUGUUGCUGGCACUCAGUAUGGACAGUCUGUGUUGUCUGAUUAGCCCAGUAUAAACCUCACUAGAUCUGUGUGCCCAGCCCGAGCAGAGGCUGAUUCAGGGCAACAGAAGGAUGGCGGUCUCCCUGGCAGAGCCGCAGACUCUGCCUUGUGCCUGCAUGGAAGCCCCAGCAGGGGUGGGGUGUUGAGCGUUACUCUGCUCUUGUCACCAUGGGGCCUGGCUGGAGAGACCUGCCUCCGUCUCCUUCUGGAACAGCACGGAUGAGGCAGGCAUCAGGCCUCUUAACUCCUUCAGCUGGCAUUUUGGGGAUCCCCUCUAGAUGUGUGUUGCUGAGUUAGCACUGCCAGUUCUGCCUGGCUUGUUCUUGGGGCCAGCACAGUUCUCGAUUGUGUUUCAGCUAGAGGCUUUGUCCAGUCAGCGUCCACGGUGUCCCCCAGAGAGCAGUGCAGUCAUUCUCUGAAGGGGCCAGAGUCCCAGAGUACCUGCCUCUGGGGCGGCCAUGCAGUGUGUGCUAGGGAGAGCAGUUCCUGUAGGCAUAAGGCCAGUAUUGUUAUGCUGGGGGAAGGGACAUUAUGCCAUCUGUCACUUGCGGAGGUCUAAAACAGGAUGUAAAAGGACUGCUGACUUCAUCUUGUUAGCUGGGGCUCUCCAGAGCAGUGCAAGUCCUGAGUGAUCCAGCUUGACCAGCUAUUGUUGUCUGGUGGUUCUGGGACCUUCUCUCCUUCCAGCCCACUUUCCUCCCAGCUCCUUGGACCUGAGGUUCCCCAGCCCUCCCUACUCCCAGGCUGCUGAAAAGCACCAUUCCCAAAGCACCAUUCCCACGGGCCCUGCAGAACAGCCUUCAGGUGAAGUGCUCCAGCUUCCUAGGCAGCUGGCCCAAACACGGCCAGGACAGCUCCGCCCUCAAGUGGUUGGCGCUGGGGCUCAACUUUGGGGCUGUGUUUUUAAAGGCAGUCAGUCUGCCUUCACAGAAGGCUCCUUGCCCUCAUGUACCUUGGUGCUUCACUCCUUUAAUGGGAAUGAAGUUUGGGGCCUCAUGCUGGCAAGUUUAUCUUCAUGGGUGUUUCUUAUGAGCCAUCCCUGUAGCUGAGAGGAUCCUGUGUGUGUGUCUGCUAUGAGGGUGGGGAGGUGACCGCAGGAAAGCUGGAGCUUCAGGGUGGGUCUGAAGAGAUGGAGCCUAGGUCUUUGCAGGCCUGCAGGGCUUGCUGCACCGUGACCCGCAUGUCCCCUGCUGACUGGGCUGCUAUACUAGAUGAGGCCACACGGGCCAGCUGCAUCCUCGAUCUGUUACUCAAUGCUUUUCUGGAGCAGGCUAACACUAACUUGCAGCUGGAAAGUGGUGAUGUACAGGGGUCAUGGUCGCUAAAAUAGCAGGUAGUUUAGGCAGGUAGUGGGUGUGUAGUUGGGGCCCAGGACUAAGGGGCAGAGGGCCAUUGUUUCUGGGUUAUGUUUAGGGACAUGGCCCCUGAGGAGCUGCAGAGGUAUAGAUGGUAUCUCCACAUCUGUGGUCUUCCCCGACACUUCUCAUAUCUUAGAGGCCCCGUGUGGGAAGCAGGUGAGUGGCUCACACAGCAUCGACCUGCCUGCCCAAGCUGCCUGUGUAUGCGGUGUGUUGUGCAUGGAGGGUGAUUUGAAGCUUCUUGUGCCUCAAGGCCCAGGCCCCCUCAGGUCGAGACUAUAGGGCCACCUCUAGUGCCUUCCUUGGGGCCAGUGUCUAGCCUGUGCUUCCAGCCCCAGACACUACCCAAAGCAUCUUUCUCUUAUAAUCUGUGGUGCCUUCCUGGUGGGCUGUGGAUACCCACGGUGUGGGGAGAGUCAGGAACAGCACGGGUGUGUGGAUCAUAUAAAUACAAGCUCACAUGAAGUGAUGUUGAUUCCAGGAUUACAGUGAUUUGGUGCAUAUUAAAUAGGAGUUAAAAAUCCAAAGACGCUGUAAUGAAUAGUAAAGAUGAUGAUUUAUGUUGUACGAUGAACCAAACUACUGUAAUUUUGUACCAUAAAUGCCUUUCUAUCAAGUGACCAACAGCUUCUAAAUAAAGCCAGAUGGUUUCUUGCCUA